CAACAUUUUUAAAACCGUCAAAAUUUAUCCCAGCGUAGAAAAAAUCUUAAACAUGGUUCUCAACUCAACCGUGACCUGUAAUAAUUUGAUCAACGAAUCUGAGGAGCAGCAGCAACAACAAUCUCCUCAACUUGUGGUGAAUACUACCGAUUUUAAUAACGAAGACCUAGAAGAGUUUGUUAAUAUUUCGGAAGAAAUUGAAAGGACCUCUCGGGAACGUCGUUCUCUAAGAAAACGUUCUAAGUCACGUUCCAAUACCAUGGUGGUGGCUACCAUGACUAGAGAAGAGAUAUUUGAAUCGACCAAUGUAGAUGAUGAUGAUGAUCAAUUCCUUAAUGCUUUGGAACAUCAAACCUCUUAUGAGGCGGGCAAAGAUCGUGCUGCUUUGGUUAGCAGCAUAGAAAAUCUAAUGAAGUAUUUCGAUGAAGAAGUUAACGUGGUGGAUGAUAGCUUGAUUAAAACUUCCCCGGUUAAGAAGGUUACUAAAGGAAAGGUGGCCUCUGCGGUGGCUUCUUUGCGCAACAAGUGCAGUUUAACUCCUUCACCCUUAAGUAAGCGCAAGAAGCAGCAAUUGGAAGUUAAAGCCAAUAUCCAGGAGUUGAAGAAAAAGUAUGAGACCUCUAUGGAAACAGAAGCCAGUCCUUCUCCUAAACCCACGAAAACUAAAAGUCCCAAAUUAUCGCGUAAAACCAAGGUUAAACAAAUGGCUUUAUUGUUCAACAGCAAAAUCAAUUCCAUGAUACGAAGCUCCUCUCCAGAACCACAAACUCCUGAACCAAUAUCACCCGGUUUAGAGUCCAUAGCUUCGCCCAAUUUCACCUCUACUCUCAAGCCGAAAUCACCCAAAUUGAAAAACAAGUUUACUUUUGUAACCAAACUACCUAGUCCCAAACCUAGUCCACUCUUCAAGAGAAAGUCUUUGCAAAAGGCUCCUAGCAUUAGCUCCCUAAACAACAGUCCAGCCAUGAAGCGCAAGGAAUUGCAAAAACAACCCAGCACUACUUGUUUGGUGGCGGAAAAUGUUUUCUCUCAGCUAUCGGUCAAGGAUAAGGCUUUGCUUUACAAUAAAUUCAUAGCCGAUAUGUCGAAACAAAAUCCCAAAUUUAGUAAACAUGCUGAGGUCUUGGAAUCGAAUGUUAAGAAAGAAAUACAAAGAGGAGAAGUUAUAUGUGAGAAACAAGAUUCGGUGAAGCACCUCAGAGACACUCUGGAAGCCAAGCUGACACCCACCAAAACAUUCUCGAAAACCCUGCAAAGAUUUAAAAGAACCACCUCCAAACUGUCAUUGGAUACAACACCCAAAUCCAAGGAAUAUGAGGAUUUACUGCAAAAUGAUAUAUCCUGUUCGCUAUUGGAAGAUGAUUCCCAGGAUUUGUUGCAUGUUAGCACUUUAACGGUGGUUUUAAAGUCCAGCCCCGAAUCAAAAAAGUCCACUCUUAACACUAAUAAAGGUCAGCGCAAGAAGAAGGAUGUAACCUUUUCGGAGGAUAACAGUAUUAUAGAGCCCUCCUAUGCUUCUACCUCAACUUUUAAAAGAACCCAAAAGAUGAUACGUUCUUCUUUUGGCGUGGAGCCUUAUGCACCACCCAAGAAAAUAAGACGUACACGACAUGAACGACUAGCACCUAAGAUGUUUUUUCAGAAUCAACAUUUGGAAAAACUUUUCUAUCACUGGCUAAAGGAAAAGAAUGGAGUGGCCUUUGACAUUACCCCCGUUAAUAAUAGCAAUGAUAUUAUAGAAAUAGUGCCCAAAAACUCUAGAGAUAAUGUUUUGCCGGCCCAAGAAGUACAGGAAAUAUUAGAGGCAGCUAUCACAAAACUGGAAGCCAACAAGCAGGAGCAACAUAUUUUGGCAACUAACAAUGAUGCUAUAGCCUUAAUUAAGAACACUUUGGAAAAUGAGCAAAGUUUGGAGAAAUCCGUAAUAGAAGUGGAACUACCCUUGGAAGUGGAAAUUCCUGCAGAGGAAAACAAAGAUAUAGAAACUGAAGAUAGUGAUUUGGGCUUGACUAGUAUAACCAAGACCACUAGCGAAGAUUCCCAAACGGAAUUACCAACACAAGAAGUUUCUAAUCUUAUGGCUAAACCUUUGCGCAAGAAGAAAUUACGACGCUCAUUGACUUUACGCAAGGAAAGUUCUCUGCUAGAGUCAAAUAAUUUAUUCUCUACAGACUCCGAUUCGGAUUGCAAAACUCCUAACACCAAAAUACAAAGCUGUACUUUGCCCAAAUCCAAGAAAUGUUCCAAUUAUGUUAAGAAACUCAUAUUCAAGACCCUCAACAACACCAUGCCUUUGGAACAGCCCAGUUUGGUGAAUAAUGAGUUAAGCAUUUUGGAAUUGGAUACAUCUUUGAUAAGACAAGUUAACUCACCCUCGAAAAUUAAGAAUGCCUAUACGUUAACGGUAAUGUCAUCUCCUUCGCCUCAUUCGGAAAGUGAUUUCUACGAUUCAGAUUUACCAAGAACCCCCAUGAAGGAAGCUUCUAGAUCUUGGCCUUCUUUAUUAGAAGCUUGUCUAGAUGAGGAACCGUAUGUUUUGAAAGACAAGUCGGUAUCUACCGAAUUCACCGAUUUGGCCAAGAGUAAACAAGAACAACAGAAAUUGUUGAUGGAUAGUUUUAUAGAUCAAGGUUUUGAAACUGGCUCCAAUGAUAUGGAUUCACCCUUAAGAAUGCCUCGCAAAAUAGCCAAUGAUAUAGAGAAAUCUAUCACCAAACGUGAGAAUCCUAAAAACUUCUCUACCCCCAACAAAGAUAAACCAGUGCAGCAGGUAUUUACCGCACAAUGUGGAUCUGUGGUAUCACACACCAUUAGUCCCAUAGCAUCUAAUUCUUCACCACGUCGUCCAGCCUCACUAACCAUGACCGUUAUAAAGGAAGAUUCAAAUAUGGAAGACUCGGAGGAGUCACAUUACACGCCCAGUUCUUUAAAUGACAGUGCCACUUUCUUUACCCAAGAUUCUCUUUCGCAACAAACCGAUUCCCCUCUAGGAGUUACACACAAAGUCAACUCUUCACAAUUUUGGAUAACUUCAGGAGAUUUUACAGCUGCCAUAACUAUAGAUCACUAUGAAUCUGAACGCUUAAUGCUGCUCUGCAAUAUCUAUGGCCAAAAGAGUCUAGAGACUAGAGAAAUGAAUUUUGGAAUCGAUGAUCAAAAGUUUUGCUAUGACAGCUCGGCUACUUCAGAUGAGAUUAUUAAAAAGGUGCCUAAAGUAAACAAUUGCUCCCAGUAUUGGUUCUCUACCGGUGAUGUUUUGAUACCUUUUAAUGGCAAACAAAUGUCUAGCAAGAAAAUACAAACAUUCUUUAAUUAUAUACGCGAAUUCAUGGAAGAAUCAGGUUCUUUAAGAUUUGGCAUUGAUAGCUAUGAAUUUUCUAAUAUCUAUCAACAGUCACCCAACUGCACUACUCUCUUUAAUGGUAAUACCUGGACCCAGGCUAUUGCUCCUAUAUCACCUCUUAAAACCAGUGAUUUAGAUCAAUCUGAUGUGGAAUCGGAAGAAUUUGAAAGAAGUCUUACAUUCUCCGCCAUUAGUCAACAUUCUGAUACGGCUUCCCUGAAAAGUGAUGAUUUGAUUAAUCCUCAACAAUCUAGCUUUAGAACUCAACACUCUUCCGGUUCCCUAGAGCAAAUAUUUGAAGAUGCCCGUCACCUAAAUCUCUCCAAAACCCAAACCGAUAAACAAGCCUUAGAAUCUCAGUUCACCGUACCGGAAAUGUUAAAAACUUUACAGAAUCAACAGACCAAAUUGAAAUCUCUAGAAGAACGCAUGCUUAGCUGCACUGAAACGAGUGGUAAUCAAAAAGUCAUUGAAAUCAAUGAAUCCCCCGAGUAUAUGCGUAAAUUAAGAAGCAUUAUCUCCGCCAUUGAUAAUAUAGGAAGAGGUAAUGGUUUCAAUGCCUGUACCAUUGAACAAUUGGAAAGUUUUAUGUUCUUUUUGAGCCGUUAUGCUGAUCUUUGCCUGGCCAAUUGUACAGCUCAUAUAGAAAAGAUUUUGGAUGUGGUUAUGAAUCAACGUUCAUUUCAGCUGUAA